AUGCAGUCUGAAAUUGCAAAGAAGACUCAGAGUCUCACCACAGCUAAGGACAUGAGAGAAUCCACCCAGCUCAUAAUGAAACCUUAUGCCAACUGGGAGGAGUACCUGACACCAGCACCACUCUCCAUAGCCAUAAUGGGGGAACUGGUCUACAUCUCUUCCACAAAAGAUUUCUCCAUCAAUAAGAACCCACCCAAAGGCGGCUACACGUACAUCAAAUACCCAGAGUCAUUCCGUGCCUGCCUCAUGCAAGUGUGUAAUGCUGGCUGGUGGGCUUUCAAUGUAGCCCAUAAGAGUAUGGAUCAGAUCCGCCUUCACACUUCCACUGUACCAGACUACAUGAAGACUGUAGUGAAGAUCCUGUUUCAGGGAAGUGAUGAGGUCGUCGAGGCACUUCUACCCGACCAGCUGGAGAACAUUCGGGUCAUCGCAGAUGACUGUGUGGAGUUGGCCGACGCAGCAGAAAAAAAGUUUACUGAUGUCAUCAAUAUCAUUCAAGAACUCCUGGAGGCAUGUGUGAAUGCAAAAUAUUUUUAUGGAGAAGAGCUAAAAGAGAUUGAAAAGAAACUGGAAGAGGCCAAACUGAGGAAGCAGUCAGCAGAAGAAAAAAAGCAACGAUCUACGGAGAUGAUGCAGUCAGUGGGGAAGCAACUAAAUGAGGCUCAAGAAAGCUACAAGAAAGCAAUGGAUUCACUCCCCAGUGGAUGGGAUAUGAUUGGCAUGGAUUUUGUUGCAGGAUUAUCAGACUGUGUAACAGGUGUACUAAAUGCAGUAACAUCCAUUGUUACCCAGCCUGUAAAACAAAUGUGUGAUGGAGCAAGAGAGGUGAAAAGUACAUAUGAUGACCUAAGGGGUAAGGAUGGUGCAGGAAAUGACAUUCAUAUAAUAAACAUCUACAGCAAGUCUGGAGAACUUCUUAGCACUGCAGAAAUCAUUGGUCGGUUCAUUGAAGGGGAAGAUAUUGACUGGAAGGAAUUGUAUGACCAGAAGGAAAAACAGCCCAAAUCAAAAUUUGCAUCAGAGCAGUUCCACAGGAUUCAGGAAGGACUGGAGAGGUUCCCAGACUGCAAACCAAAAAAAAAAGCUCUAUCCUUAUGUAAAAAAGGAAACAAGAUCUGUCAGCAGCUUGCAGAGUAUGCACCUACAGGUCAGUGUAGCAAAGAAAAAACAAAGGAGAUCAUCUCUGAUUGGAAAGAGCUCAUUAAAUUAGCUCAGGCUUUUGACAGCAAAAGCAAGAGUGCCACAAAGUCACCGUCUAUGACACCAAAACCACCAAUGAUGUACAAACAGGAGAGCGAAGGGUCUGGUAAAAAGUCUGCAAGUCAAAGGGCCUCAGAGAAUGCUCACUUCCGUAUUGAGCAGAGUCGAGCACAACUGGACCAGACAAGAGAUAUGUAUGAGAAAUGUGUAAAGAACAUGGAGGAGAGCCAGAAGGAGCUGACUGACAUUUUGGUCACCAUGAGAAGCUGUGAGAUCAAGGAGAUCGACUUCAACACCACUAUAAAAAUGCUGGUCAAAGGUAUGGAUGCAAUGGGUAGAGUGAAGGAACAGUGGGAGAAGAUGGUACGUUUCUUUCAGAUGGUGUCCAACAUUGUGAAGGUCAGCUUGAGCACAACUCUCAAGAAUUUUGUCACAACAGCCGAGAAGACACAGACACUGUCUUACAAUGCCAAACUGUUCUCAAAAGACCUGCUCUACAACCAGGCCUUCCAGGCCUCUAACAUAGCCAGUCUUGUUCAUAUGAUCUCAGAGACCUACACUGAGGUGUCCAACAAGUACCUGAUGGACAGAGUCAGUAGUCUGGGCAAACUCAUGGCCAUGGAUACAAGUAAACCAGAGUUUGAUCAAGAGCGUCAACAGCUACAGAAUGGAUGUGAUGAGGCUCAGAGAGGUAUUCUACAUCUGGUCAUCAAGAACAAAAAAGCCUUUGAGAGGAGCGCUGAUACAAGGCUGAAGAAAAUUGAGGGGGAAUUGCUGGCCAUUCUACCAACUGCAGCACCUGAAGAAACCAAGGCCAUUAAAGAAGCUGUCCAAGCUGGAUUCACUGAGGAAGAUGAGGAUGCUUAUAUCUGA